AUGGCGGAUUCAGUUUGUCGAAAAUGCCGAUCAAAGUUUGACAACUGGGAAAGGAAAACAAAAGAAGAUUUUGCUGAGUUUAUGGAUAAAAAGAAUUUUGAAGAGAUCAUAGAUGAAGAAAUCGCUGAAUGUGGUAUUCAAACUGAUGCAAUAGAACAAACUGUAGAAAUUCCAAUCAAACGGACAUCAGCAUCUCAUAGAACUUGCUUUGUUCGUCAGAAAACAGAUGGAUGUUCAUCUAAAGUAUUAUCUGCAGAAGAACAGAAAUUAGUUUUUAUCAAGCGUGGUAUUGUUGUAUCUCCCGGAAGUCGUUGUUGUCGUGAUCAUCUGUAUGGAAAGCAUUUAACUUUCGAAGCUUUACAUCAAAUUGUACCUACAAAGACUGAACCAGUAGUAUUUGAUGCCAAAGGUAUUAUGAACUCAAUAACAGAAUGCUGUACGAUGAUUCAAGAUACGAAAACAUUUGAUUUUGAUGAUCCAACGUCUUUAGAUGAUGAAGCAUAUUACAAUCUAACGGGUUUAGAGAAAGAUAUGAUUGAUCAAUUUGAUAAUCUGCUCAGUACUCUAACAUCAAUGCGCAACUUUUAUGUUCGAUCAAUUCGUGUAGGUCUGGCGCUCUUUCUGGUUAAAAUGCGUUUAGGUGUCAGCAACAGAGUAUUAUCUUCUCUAUUUCGCAUGAAAAACAAGCGUGUGGUUUUUCGAAUUGUUCAUGCAAUAGCCGAAGGACUACUCAAGAACUUUGUUCCUAAACAUCUUGGUUUUCAACACAUCGACAGAAGAACUGUUCUUGAUCGUCAUCAAACCUUAAUCGCUUCACAACUGAUGGCUGAUAGAGAUGAUCAAGUAAUUCUCGUAAUGGACGGAACUUAUUUGUUCAUACAAAAAUCGAGCAGCAAUCAAUUUCAACGUCGAUCAUUUAGUAUGCAUAAACACAGGAACUUGAUCAAGCCUAUGAUCACAACUGCAACAGUAAGUGUGUCAUCAUUACAAGUUGAAUUCAACUGUGUUUGA